UACUGUCAUUAGGUCAGCUGGGUAGCUCACUCGUGCGUGCAGUCGUCCAGGAUGAGUUUGUUGAAGAAAAUUGUUCCUUUUUCGGGUAAUUCCUGGAUUUUUGUGCGUCACUAUGCAUUUAAACCCGAAUUACCCAUCAAAUGGGUACGUCCAGAAAAGAUUUGCUGCACACGUCCUGAAAAGAGUGGAGAUAUGGCUCCCAGUCCACCGGUGGAUCUUUCCCUACCAGUGACGGAGUACAGAGAUUGCAAAAGUCUCGAGGAAGCAGAUGAAACUGUGAAGAAACUAUUUUCACUGGAGAGUUUUCCUGGCAAGAAGACAGGACAUCAUUUGCGAAAUAUUAUGAGGGAAGAAGUGCAGAGACAUCCUCUCGAUGUCGGAUCAAUGGAGGCCUUGAUUGCCGAUCAGACGGCUAGAAUUAGGCGUCUGCAGGAGAUUUUUGCAGCCCAUCCGCGUAAUCGGGUACUUAAGGUGUAUCUGAAGGAGUUGAUAGACAAGAGAAAGUGCUUUUUGAAGUACAUGAGACGAUGGGAUUACAGAAGAUUCGAAUGGCUUCUGGAAAAACUCGAUAUCGUGUACAAAGCUCAUCCGGCUGAAUAUGUUCUAGUGGGCAGGAAGUAUGCUAUAAGGAAACUCACAGACAGCCACUGUAAUGAGAUCAGGGAGAAUAAAUUGGAGGAUUAUCGAAAGGAACUUGAGUCGCAGCAAGUGGAAUUCCUCGAGAAGAAAAUCAAGAAUUUGGAGUUUAUCAAGAAGGAGCAGGAAACACUCAAGUUACCUCAGACAGUCACGGAGGAACAAAUAAAUCAAGCCAGACAAAAGUUGUCCCAGGCCAUAAUGCAGCAAAAAGCCACCACAGCAGCCUCCAAAGGUCACUAAGAGCCGGAAGCAUCAAUCUUUUACCGUGACAGGUUGCAUCGAUUGAAAAUUAACUAUUAUGGCAAGGAAUGGGGGAGUGUUUUUUGUGUGAAAUGAUGAUACAUCCCAGAGUUACGCUAAAGGAUUAACGAAAUAUUUCAUGACAUUUUACCAUUCUCACCACAUGAGCAUUCCACUGUGUGGUGUUGUAUCUCUAAAUAACCAUCAAGCCACAGUGCUAUAUAGCGAGGCGUGAGAAAAAUCGUAUAUAUAUAUAUAUAUUUGAAAAUAUUCGGGAAAGUAGAGAAGGAGCUUUGGUAACUGCGUAGUUUGAGGUAACAAGCCGAAGGAAAUACAUCGUGAUUUUUUGUUGUUGUAGAGUUUUAGACUCAACCCUGCAAAGUAAAAAAAAUAUCUACAUAACUCUAUACCUAAAGAAAAAAGAAAGAAGCAAGUAAAAGUGAGUGUGUUGGACAUUUUCUUGGGGUGGUAUAGUUUUUGAUAGAAAGAAUUGAGUGACUUGUUUGUUUCCUUUUCAAUAUUGAACUGAAGGUGCCACCGUUCACAUGCUAAAUUAUCGUUUGGUGUCAACACAUUUCCUCAAACAGCCGUAGUUUGUGUGAAGAUUUGAGCAAAAAUGUGCAGAGAUCGCGAUAUGUUGUAAGAUAUUUUCCCCAAAACUGCCAUUUGAAUUGAAUGAGACAUUUUACAAAAGAAGAAAAAAAAAGACGGAGAAGAAAUAUAGUGUUUGUGUGAUUUUCCAAAGAAAACAAAAACAAAAGAAGUUGGAUGUUUUUGAAAAUAUACUAUAAAGAGGGAAUUUUUGCAACACAUUUGUGAAUUGAUCUACAAGCACAAUAUCUGCACAAUUUGUUCAGUACAUCGAGAGAGAGAGAGUGUGUUGAUCACACAUAAAUUAAGCUCUUGAUUUGACAUUGGAAAUCAGCCCCCGGAUCCGGGCACGAUCCUGAGAUUAAUUCUCUCUGUGUCACGGGCGUUCAUUGGCGAUCAACUCGCUAGAAGAUCAUCCGAAGAGCGCUAAAACGUGAAAAUUGGCACAUAGGAAGUGUGCAUUGCUAGAGGCCAAAGAGUGUCGCAGAAUCUUUUAUUGAAAAGAA